AUGGACUCCCCCAUGAAUUUCAAUUGGACUCCGUCUCCAUCUCCCCCACCGUCUAGCCGUGCAGAGGUAGUGCAUAAGAAGCAGCCUGCUAUAAGUUUCAGCUUCUGUAGAGAAUGUAGCAACUUACAGUACCCAUAUCACUGUAACAUCACCCGCACCCUUCAGUACAAGUGCCGCUCGUGUAAUGUCAGCGAACCUGCGAAGGGUAACUGUAUCUUUAGACGGACUUACAACAAACCUGUAGAGGCAGAGUUCAAUUCUGAUAUUGUUGAGGACCCUACUAUGCCUAGGACGGAGAAGCUUUGCUCUCACUGUGGUGAGGAUCAGGCUGUACUUUUCCAGAGACAUGAUAAAGAGACGGGGACUACUAUGGCUUUGUUCUAUAUCUGUACUUCGUGCAGGACCAUCCAUUGA